AUGAAUCGCUACCGAAAUGCUCCAGGGCUUCGAGCCGGGCCUAGCAAAGCCUCCUCGACGACGCUAUGCCAAAAGUGCCUGAAACGAGAUAUCUAUGAAUGCAAAGCCGCGGCGCAGGAACGCCCGUACAAGGCUCGGCCCUCAAGAACCCAGCAGUUGUUGAAUCCAACGCUGGUGCCUAAGCUUUCGGAGGAUGUGCACCGGGAACCAGGGGAGACGUCUGGUUUGGCCGAUAAGAUCCUCGUCAGUCGCGAGGCGGACCGUGGCCGCCAAGGGGAGCCUUCAGCCCGAGCAAGAUCGCCAUCGUCAGGUUCGAUAGAUUCAGUCUCGACGAUAUCUACCAAUCGCUCAGUGUCCGUGUCGCGAGAGCGCUCAAAGAGGCGUGGCUCGCGGACGCCUGACCGCGGCGGGUCGGCAUCACCUCAGCCGAAUGAUUCACGCAAACGACGCUACAGUGAUGCUUCGGAAGAUGGUUCAGCAAAGUCGUAUUUCUCGGACGAUGAACAGCGAUCAAGAUCAAAGGAGUGGAUCGAGGAGAGAAACAUCCGACGACGCCGCCGCGAGAGCAGCCCCGAGGAACGAGGUCGACAUCGAGCCUCGGCUACGCGCGACUCCCGCAAGUCUGACCGGCGCAGCAAAAGCCUUGAGAAGAGUCGGAUUGCAAAGCAAAGGCGAUCGAUGACACCAGAUGCCGCAUAUGAUCAUUCCGAUAGACGCACCUAUCGCGACAGAGACUCUCUUGAAGGGCAGUCCAAGGCAGGCCGGUCAAGACAGGAACCUCGAGGGCGUGAGGGACCACCUCGAGAGCGGAGUUUGAGUCCGUACAGCAGAAGACUUGCUUUGACACAAUCAAUGAAUCUGGGAAGAUAA